GCUGAAGCCUCACAGAUCAAAUAAUCACUCUUAUCAUAUGCGUCUGGCUGGGCAUGUUCCGCUGGGGAGAUCCAAGAUACAAAGUGGUACCAAGGAGAAGAGAAAUGAAUCUCAGACUCUUAUAGACAAUGCCUUCUACAGACUAACAGACUAUACCUUCUAUAAAGGAAGUCAACUUCAAGCAGAUUGACUUCAAUCAGGACCUCAUUUGGGGAGCAUCAGUGUUCAAUAAACUACUAUUUUUUUAUUUGGAAAAUACUCAAGUUCAGUGGCUUUAUCAUCCUGGACUUUACUUUCUGAAAACCUGGCAAUCCCAUGUGGACUUCUGGUAGAAUGAGCAAUGCAAAGAGCUGGCUUGGACUCGGCAUGUCCUUAUACUUCUGGGGAUUGAUGGACCUUACGACCACCGUUCUCUCAGGAACACCAACACCGCCAGGCGAAAUCGAAGUGCUCCUGUCAGACAAGCCACAGUCACACUCGCGGACAAAGAGGAGCUGGGUUUGGAACCAGUUUUUUGUUCUGGAAGAGUAUACGGGAACCGACCCUUUGUAUGUCGGCAAGCUUCAUUCAGACAUGGACAGGGGGGAUGGAUCCAUCAAAUACAUCCUCUCAGGAGAAGGCGCAGGCAUCGUGUUUACCAUCGACGACACCACGGGAGACAUCCACGCCAUCCAGAGGCUUGACCGAGAGGAAAGGGCCCAGUACACUUUAAGGGCUCAAGCCCUGGACAGGCGGACAGGCCGACCGAUGGAGCCAGAGUCAGAGUUCAUCAUUAAAAUCCAAGAUAUCAAUGACAACGAGCCCAAGUUCCCAGAUGGACCUUAUGUCGCCACUGUGCCAGAGAUGUCGCCAGUGGGGACUUCUGUUAUCCAGGUGACAGCCACAGAUGCUGAUGACCCAACCUAUGGGAACAGUGCCCGGGUGGUGUACAGCAUCCUCCAGGGCCAGCCAUAUUUUUCUGUGGACUCCAAAACAGGUGUAAUUAGGACAGCACUCAUGAAUAUGGACCGAGAAGCCAAAGAAUACUAUGAAGUGAUUAUCCAAGCCAAGGACAUGGGAGGGCAGCUUGGAGGAUUAGCUGGGACCACAACGGUCAACAUCACGCUCUCGGAUGUCAAUGAUAACCCGCCCCGCUUUCCCCAGAAACAUUAUCAGAUGAGUGUGUUGGAAUCAGCUCCAGUUAGCUCUACUGUGGGGAGAGUGUUUGCCAAGGACUUGGAUGAAGGAAUCAAUGCGGAGAUGAAGUACACCAUUGUGGAUGGAGAUGGAGCAGAUGCCUUCGACAUCAACACAGAUCCCAAUUUCCAAGUUGGCAUCAUAACUGUGAAGAAGCCUCUGAGUUUUGAAAGCAAGAAAAGCUACACCUUAAAAGUGGAGGGAGCCAAUCCUCACCUAGAAAUGCGUUUUCUGAACCUAGGCCCGUUUCAGGACACAACCACAGUGCACAUCAGUGUGGAAGACGUGGAUGAGCCCCCUGUGUUUGAACCUGGCUUUUAUUUUGUGGAGGUACCUGAAGAUGUGGCGAUUGGAACAACCAUACAGAUCAUUUCUGCCAAGGACCCAGAUGUGACCAACAACUCAAUCAGAUAUUCCAUUGACAGAAGCAGUGACCCUGGAAGAUUUUUCUAUGUUGACAUUACAACAGGUGCCCUAAUGACUGCAAGACCCCUUGACCGGGAAGAGUUUUCCUGGCAUAACAUCACUGUCCUUGCUAUGGAAAUGAACAAUCCUUCCCAGGUUGGAAGUGUUUCUGUCACAAUCAAAGUCUUAGAUGUGAAUGACAAUGCCCCAGAGUUCCCCCGAUUCUAUGAAGCUUUUGUCUGUGAGAACGCCAAAGCGGGACAGCUGGUCCAGACAGUGAGUGCAGUGGACCAAGACGAUCCCCACGGCGGCCAGCACUUCUACUACAGCCUGGCUCCUGAGGCUGCUAACAACCCCAACUUCACCGUAAGGGACAACCAAGAUAACACUGCCCGGAUUCUAACUAGGAGGUCUGGCUUCCGGCAGCAGGAGCAGAGUGUCUUUUACCUGCCCAUCCUGAUCACGGACAGUGGGCAGCCAGUGCUGAGCAGCACGGGCACGCUGACCAUCCAGGUGUGCAGCUGUGACGACAGCGGCCACGUCCUGUCCUGCAGCCCCGAGGCCUACAUGCUCCCAGUCAGCUUGAGCCGCGGCGCUCUCAUUGCCAUCCUGGCCUGCAUCUUUGUCCUCUUAGUGCUGGUUCUGCUCAUCCUGUCCAUGCGGAGGCACCGGAAGCAGCCGUACAUCAUCGACGACGAGGAGAACAUCCACGAGAACAUCGUCCGCUACGACGACGAGGGCGGUGGCGAGGAGGACACCGAGGCCUUCGACAUCGCGGCCAUGUGGAACCCCCGGGAGGCGCAGGCGGGAGGCGCCCCCAAGACGCGGCAGGACAUGCUGCCCGAGAUCGAGAGCCUCUCCCGCUACGUGCCUCAGACGUGCGCCGUCAACAGCACGGUCCACAGCUACGUGCUGGCCAAGCUCUACGAGGCCGACAUGGACCUGUGGGCCCCGCCCUUCGACUCCCUGCAGACCUACAUGUUCGAGGGCGACGGCUCGGUGGCCGGCUCGCUGAGCUCCCUGCAGUCGGCCACGUCGGACUCGGAGCAGAGCUUCGACUUCCUGACGGACUGGGGGCCCCGCUUCCGGAAGCUGGCGGAGCUCUACGGGGCGUCGGAGGGGCCCGCGCCCCUGUGGUGACGGAAGCCGGGAGGCCGGCG